AAUCCUAUCAUCGUCUUGCUGUCACCGGAGUCCGGCAGCGCCAUGGUUUCUUGGAUCAUCUCUAGGCUAGUGGUGCUAAUAUUUGGCACUCUUUAUCCUGCCUAUUACUCUUACAAAGCGGUAAAAUCAAAGGAUAUUAAAGAAUAUGUGAAAUGGAUGAUGUACUGGAUCAUAUUUGCACUCUUCACAACAGCAGAGACAUUCACAGACAUUUUUCUUUGCUGGUUCCCAUUUUAUUAUGAACUCAAAAUAGCCUUUGUAGCUUGGUUAUUGUCUCCCUACACAAAGGGCUCCAGUCUUCUAUAUAGGAAAUUUGUACACCCAACUUUAUCUUCAAAAGAAAAGGAAAUAGAUGAUUGCUUAGUCCAAGCAAAAGAUCGCAGCUAUGAUGCCCUGGUGCAUUUUGGGAAACGGGGGCUAAAUGUUGCAGCCACAGCUGCUGUAAUGGCAGCUUCCAAGGGUCAAGGAGCGCUGUCAGAGAGGCUCCGGAGUUUUAGCAUGCAAGAUCUUACCACAAUUAGAGGAGAGACCAGCAGCACUGCAAUUCCACUGUCUCAUGCCCCAUCAGUUUCUGCACGGGCAAGUAGCAAGCAGAGUCAGUCGAAAACUUCCAAAAUUGCAUCAGACGGUAUUGGACGUUCAGAAUAUACAUGUUGUUCAGUUUGUCAAAUUGUGCAAGUGGUUCAACUAGAUGGUGAGGCAAAGAAUGAAAAGCCACUUGAAGCAAACUCUAAACCAACUGACAUUGUGUUGUCAGAGAAUGAAGAGAAUGGCUCAUUGGAUAGCACACCCAAGCCUAAAAGUUCCCCCCCAAAGGACCCAAUCAUUGAGGCACCGCCUAGGAGCCUUAGACCUCGUUUCAGGAAAAAAUGUACCUCAUCUUCUACCACUGAAACCACGAGUGUGUGAUGAACCAUCCAGCACCAAGAUCCACAGAAUGCCUCUCUUCUGCCUUAAAAGAUCUACAUUAUUGUAUGUGAGGGGGGAGGGGACAGUGGUGAGAGGGAUGUUUGUGAUAUUGUAGCAUUUUAGAAAUGAACUUUCUUGCUCUCCUUUUCCUAUGCUGCCACUUGUGUUGCGUUACACUGUAGUUUUAACUGCAGAAGCAAUGUUUCUUGCUCCCCCCUUCGAUUUCUUUGCAGAGUAGUGUCCCCUCUCCCCAGUUACCGUGAUGGGGUUCAGUAUUUGUAACCAUUAAAUUACAUGAUAUUAGCUCUGUUAAUAAACUUAGAAAAUGAAUUUUUAUCUGUUUCAAAAUCAUAUUUAUUUUGGGGCUUAAUAAUAAUUAUAAUGUGGACCAAUAGGGGCCACAGAUUUUUCAGACUGUGAAUGAUGUAUUAAGAUUGUUUUGACUGUACAAUACAAGUAGUGAAAAUGUAAAAACAAAUCUAAAUGUUACUAUUUCUUCUGUGCAUUCAUUUAUGGGGCUAGUUACUGUUUAUUCUGUCACUAAAUCUGUAUAAAAACAGACCCACAGGAGUCUUAGAAAAUGUAGAAAUGAGAAACAUAUUUAUAGGACUAUACCACUGAUGAAUCUUUGAUUUGAUGCCAAAACCUUCUAAAGACUGAUGUCGUUACUAUGAAAUCAGGUAGACAUUGCAUUCACACUAAUAGAGCUGGAAUUGUGCUAUUAAGAAAUGCAUUGUAUAAAAACACAUUGGUACAGUUAGAUAAUAUUGUACUACAGUAUUAUCUAACAUGUUGACCAUUUUAAUGGGCAAUUGUGUGACAUGUCUGAGGCAUGUUUACAGUUGCAGUAAUGAAUGCUAAGGUGCAAAUCAUAAUUAUGAUUUUAGUCCUGUCAUUCUCCCAGCUCACACAUUAGCAUUUAAUUUAGAGAAGUUCAGAGAUUUCAGCAGUAAUAUAGCUUCUGGUAUAGAUUACAACAGUCUGUAGUUAGAUGGUAUGUUUGUAAUUAUAGAAAAGUUUGAAACAAGGAAAGCAUACUAGGAUUGAUGUAUUUUAGCUUUGGAUUGAUGUCUCCUAUAUGUGUAAAGCAUGAAAUCUUGAAGAUGAUACUAUAAACAUUUGUGUUUGCCUUCGUAGCUAUCAUUAAAAACAAAAGUACUGUAGAACAUAAAAACAUGUUGACACUGAAGAUAAAUAGAUUGUGUAUGACAGCACUAAUCUAAUCUUUCAGGCGAGAUUCUGAAAUGACUGUAUUUUAUUCUCCAUAGUCAACCUUACUGUAUA